AUGAUCCCCCUGAAAAAACUAACAAGAACAACAAUCCUCCUACUCCCCUUAGCCCUCGCCCUCCUCUUCCUCCUAAACCACCACACCAAAUCCCCCACCCCCAACAUCCUCACAACCCGAGACACCUUCACCCCCUCCGACAUCUCCCCAUAUACACACAAUCUAACCCGCCGACAAGACUACACCUGCGGCCCCGGCCGCCCCUGCUCCAACGGCGCAUGCUGCGGCGCAAGCGGAAACUGCGGAUACGGAAGCGCAUACUGCGGCGACGGAUGUGUCUCGAAUUGUGAUGCGGUGGCGGAGUGUGGGAAGGAUGCUAGGCCGAAGGGAAAGAAGUGUCCGUUGAAUACUUGUUGUAGUCAGUAUGGGUUUUGUGGGACGACGGAGAGAUUCUGCGAAAAGAAGCAUAAGUGUCAGUCGAAUUGUGUGUUGGAUCCGAAGCCGCCGGGUGGUUCUGCGAAGGGACAGACGCAGAGUAAAGUAAUCGGCUACUACGAAUCCUGGACGCACAACAAGAAAUGCCAUCAAAUCGCCCCCAGCGACCUCCCAGUUACUGAGAUGACGCAUCUCAAUUACGCCUUUGCGUAUAUCGAUCCCAAGUCUUAUGAACUGGUUACCAUGAAAGAUGAGAUACCCGAGAGUCUGUUCCAGAAAACGGUCGAUACGAAACAGUAUAAUAAGAACCUGAAAGUCUGGGCAAGUGUUGGGGGCUGGGAUUUUUCGGACAAUGAUACCAUCACGCAGCCGAUUUUUAGUGAUAUUUCUUCGACAGAGGCGAAGAGGAAGAGGUUUGCUAAUAAGGCAGUGUUGUUUUUGAAUCGGUAUGGGUUUGAUGGACUCGAUAUCGAUUGGGAAUACCCCGGUGCGCCUGAUCGUGGUGGAAAGCCAGAAGACACCAAGAACUUUGUCGCGUUGAUGAAGACGCUUCGCUCGACGUUUGAUGCUUCGCCCAGACAGCUUGGGAUAUCUUUCACAAUUCCAUCGUCAUACUGGUAUCUCCGGUGGUUCGAUAUGCCAGGCAUGAUGAAGUAUGCGGAUUGGACGAACUUGAUGAGUUACGAUCUACACGGUGUCUGGGACGCAAACAACCCCAUCGGCAGCAUCGUCCAAGGCCACACCAACCUAACCGACAUAAAAAAAGCCGCAUCCCUCCUCUGGCGCGUCGGCAUAAAACCCUCGCAAAUAGCCCUAGGUUUCGGCUUCUACGGCCGCUCCUUCGAACUCUCAGACCCCGCCUGCUCAAAACCAGGAUGUCCAUUUAGCGGCGGCGCAAAACCAGGACCUUGCUCCGCGACAAGCGGUAUCUUGAUGCACUAUGAGAUCCAGGCAAUGAUACACCAGCUCUCUCGUCCGACUAUUGACUCUGAUGGAUCUCGGGUCUCUGCUCUGAAGCCGAUUCAUGAUGAGGAUGCAGCGGUGAAUUAUUUGGUUUUUGAUAAUAACCAGUGGGUUUCGUAUGAUGAUGCGAAGACAUUUAAGCAGAAGCUCGACUGGGCUAAUGGUAUUGGGAUGGGGGGCUCGCUUCUCUGGGCUUCUGAUACGGAUAAUUCACAGUAUAGUGCUAUGUCUGCAUUCAUCGGGAAGAGGGCCUUCCAUCCGGAUCUUGCGUCGAAGGCACUUCAGCAUUCAAAGGUUACCAUUGCACAGAACCAUAUUGGAGAGAAUGGCCAGGAUUGUCUCAUAAUGAAGGACUGCGUUGAUCACGACAUAGUAAGAUGUCCUGAUGGGCAUAAGAAGAUUGGAUGGGAUAAGGCGGGUUGUAAGUCAGGAGAAAAACUAAUCUGCUGCCCAACACAUUCUGCACCAGAUUCGUGUACAUGGCGCGGUAGUGGCGGCGACUGCAACGGACAGUGCCAUGCUGGCGAGUCCACUUUAUUCAAGUCCUCAUGGGGUGGUGGUUUCAAAGCAGAAAGUAGUACACAUAGAUGCAGCCGCGGAGCAAAAGUCUUUUGCUGUAAGGCUGGCAAUUGGGAAACCGUAACGCACGGCUGCCAUUGGACAAAAAGCGGCGCUCAAUGCAAAAAGACAGAAAAGGAACUGGCCCGCAAAAAAGAAGGAUGCAGCUUCCUUUGGCCCUGUUGGACCCAAUAUUGCUGCCCUAAAGAUACUCCAUUGGAUGACUGUACAUGGCGCGGUAGCGCUCCCGAUUGUGCAGAUGCAAAAUGCAAGCAAGAUGAAGUCGCAAUCGACAACAACGCAUCUGGUGGUGGUCAUGGGUGUUCAUGGGGGCGAAAGAAGACCAACUGCUGUAAAGCCAUCAAACCUCCACCGCCACGGCUCACCUGCAAGAUCACUAGCUGUAAUAUCAUCGACAAUCUCUGUGACGACUCACUGGGCACUUUAUCAAAGCGGAAUGAAGCUGGGCUGGAGUUGCACUCGUUCGAGAAACGUGGGAACCCAAGAGAUUUUUCAUGGAUACUGCAGUCCGGAAGACGCAUAACUAUGCGGUCAAGGGGUUAUCCUGGCCCAACGCGGUACAUGCAGCUACUUCGGCAGAAUCUGCAAGGACUCGCAAGAAGAUGGUUCGAGAUGAGAUCUCGCGAUUGCGCGAAUCCCAGACUCCGUGACAUGGCUAUUAAUGAAGAAGGCGGACCUCCUCCCCAGAGUAACACCGAGCAUCCGGUACCGUUGGUGGUUCUGUCACGUUUCGCUGCGACGGCCAACCACGGCAGGCUCCCUAGAGCGGUGCCCGCCAGGGGGCAAAAUAGCAUACCGCAGGGACGGGAAACUCGUGCAAGAGCGAUACCGGAUUCUUUCUGGCAAAAUUUUUGGAACGAUGCCCACGGCCUGCCCUCUGGGUUACCUCGAGUGGCACCAGGAUCAGAUGAUUUUCGUCAACCCGCCCAGCGCCUCUUUGAAAGACUCGGUUCGACUACUAACCCUAGCCAUUUCAUCCUUCUUCAAGAUUCUGUCAACGCUGUCAAGGGGAAACUUGAGAUCUUUUAUAGCCCAAUGGAGGUUCGCAUAUUCAAUAGACACGUUAGGCUGGCGGCGGGCUCAGAAGGAACGGAAACGGAUAUUAUGACAUUCAUGGCGCCACUCCGUGAUGUAGUCGCGGUGUUCCAGUAUUUGCGGGACCCGCUUGUGAUGGAACGCAUGGACACCACCAGCAGCGGCAUGUAUGACGACUUGCGGUUGAUUGAAUAUCACACCCUAGGCAGCGAUGGUUUAUCGGAUCAUUGGAGUGAGUUUUACCAAUACUACUUCGAACAGGUGUCGGAAUUUGCACGAAAUUGGCUCCAAGGACGGAUUUAUUACGCUCGGCGACAAUUCGAAGCCUCCGAUAAUCCUUUCCGCGAUAGUGUGUUGAGGGACCUAUUGGAACUCGAAAGCCAGAUUCCAAGCAUGAAGUAUCCAUGGGAGAGCUAG